CCCUCACAUCAUACCCAUGAUGCAGCGCGGCUCAGUCCGGUCGCCAUGAUUCUUGUGCAGAUGUUUUCAGAGCUCAGACUGAGGAGAUUUGACGCUAAGCUAACGGCCUGAAGCUCUGGAUUUAAACCAGUUUCAAUGCACUCAUCGACGUUAUAGAGAUACCAGAGUCUCCAAGAUAACAUACAGUCUUGGGUUAUGGCGACCAAUGCCGGGGAUGAUGAGUUUGAUGAAUAUGAUAAGCCUGGGGCUGAAAGGUCAAGAAGACGGAGAGGAGAAGAUGACGACUUGGAAAGUGAUUUGGAGGAGGGAGACUUACUUGAAGAAGAUUGGCUGUCGUCAAAAAAGAACCCCUCAGAGAUGUCAGAUGAGGAGCUAAAUGAUGACCUCUUACAAAGUGAUGAAGAGGACCAAAACGCAAGUGGUCAGGGUGAGGUUGUGAGUUUAAAUGCCACACUGGGUCUGGGCACGUCUGGUCACCUUCAAGAUGAAGGCCCUGAAGGAGGCGGAUAUACCGAAUAUGCCUAUGACGAGACAGAGGGCGGCCAACCAGGUUUCUCUCAGGGUGGGGAGUAUGAGGCAGAGGAGUACCACGGAGAAGAAGAAGGGGUGGAAUACACAGGAGACCAGAACUGUGAAGAAUAUCAAGAUGAAGUGCUGGAACUACAGAUCGACGAGCCACUGGAUGACGAUUUUCAAGUGAAUGAUUACCCGACUGAGUAUAGUGAAGAGCAGACUGACCGACAGGAAGUGCCUGAGGAGGAGGAGCAUGAGGAGGAAACUGAGGAGCAGGACAGCUCUCAGGUCACAGAUUUAGAGGAGGUGGAGAAUGAAAAUGAUCCAGAAGCUGAGGCCGAACCGGACGCCGACGUGAAGGAGGAGUCUGAUGAGGAAGAGGAAGAUAUUGAAGAAUCCGGCCGUCUGCGCUUUAAGACCGAGCGCAAAGAUGACACAGUGGUCAGACUGUCUGAUGCCACCAGUAAAAGGAGGAACAUCCCAGACACAUUAGAGCUCUCCGAUGCAGCUAAAGCAGACCUGCGUGAGUUUGAGGAAAGGGAACGUCAGAGGAAGCAGGGCCGUUUUGGAGGACGAGGGAGAGGAGCAGAUGGAGGGAGGGGAGGAAUGGCAGGUAGAGGUGGGCUCAGGGGAAGGGGAGGAGGAGGAGGACGAGGAGCCGGUGGAAGAGGCGAUUUCCCUCUGUUUGGAAUGGGAGGUUUCCGUGGCGAUGGAGUUGGAAGUCGAGGGAGAAUAAAUGAGCAAAGGCCUCCGCUGAUGCAAGUGAACUUAGGAAUGCAGCAGCAGCUCAGAAUGACUCCUCCGCUUCAGCAUCACCACCAUCAGUCUCGUCUGCCUGGUCCGAGAGGCAGUGGUGGUCCCGGGCUAUUCCCGGAUCCGGGCACCCCAAUUCCUCAGCAGCCGCUUCAGCUGAUGAUGCCUCGUCUGGCCCACCAUUCCCCAGGGCCCAGAACACAACACGACACACACGUACCACGCUUGUUGAACUCGCCACCACGGCACUCACACGCACAUCCCAACCAGCACCAGCAGCAUCAACAGCAUCACCCCAAGAACAUUCACAUCAACCCUCACUUCAGAGGACCCUCCUCCUCACCUGUGCAAGUUCCUUCAAUGCCUCCUGUGCAGAACCAACCGAGGCCUAACAUCACUCCGCAGAGACUCCCGGCUCCUGAUUUUCAGCAGCAUCUCCAAGGGAAUUUUGGCCCACCUCAACGGCCUCUGCCCCCCCAGGAUCAAUGGAGAGGACCACCACCACAUCAUCAGGAUCCAGAGCACUUCUUCCCUGGUGAACCACGUUUUUCAGGCCAGCACAUGUUUGACCAGCCAGGCCCUGCCCCCCUCAUGAAUAACAGUGUUCUUACGAUAUCGGGCCAAGGCCCUCCAUCUUUCCCCCCACAAGGGGGUCUCGGAAGUCCUGGAUUUGCUUCUCUGGGGCUCAGGCAGAACCAAGGGCCUCAGGGAGGAGGUAUUUUCCAGAGAGAGCCCCCUCGGCCCGGUCUGCCCCCGCAGCAUGGAGGCCCUUCAGGCCCCCCUGGUCCCCGUGGCUUUGUGGGUCACAGACAGCCCUUCUCACCCCAACAGCAGGGACCCCCCUUUAGCCCCCAGCACAUGCCGUUUGGUAUGCAGGUACGCCAGAGAGGUCUAAUGCAGCAGCCCCUGCACCACGAUCUGCCACUAUCCCAUCAUCCCUUGCACCAGCAACAGCAGCACCAGCAACACAGACAGGACAUGCCCCUCCAGGGUCUGCCUCACUCCCAGCCUCCACCCCAACACCAACAGCACCACCAACACCACCCAAGGGACCAACAUCCCAUGGUGCACCUCUCCCAGCCCCACUUCCGCCAAUCGAUUCAAAGUGGCCACAGACAGAUGCAGUCCCGACCACAAGGCAACCAGCAGCGAAACAACCAUGUCAGACCCAAAAUGAUGCCGCCUCCUCCACUGCAGCAGAUUCCUCCUCAACGCAACAGCAACCUCCGUGAGCUGCCCAUCGCCACAAGCAACAAUAAUAACCGCCCAUCAGUGCCUAGUGGGCAAGCAAAGUCUGUUACCAGGGUAACACAAAAUGUUAGGCAAGUGCAGGCUGCUCGUGCUGGACCAGCAGGAAGGGGAGGAUCUGUGGCACAAGGACAGGGAGCUGCCAAACCACCAGAGCAGCCCAGUGUGCCUGAGAUGAAGAAAGAGUGUCCAGUUGCACAGUCAAGCACCACUCCAGAGGACCCAGAUGAAGAUGAGGAGACACGUCAGUACAGACUGAAGAUUGAGGAACAGAAGCGUCUGCGAGAGGAGAUCCUCAAGCGCAAAGAGCAGCGCAGACAGAUGCAGGCUGGUAUGCGCAAAAAAGAACUGAUGGAACGGAUCAGCGGCCCAAACCCAAACCAGACUCCACAAAUUCAGAUCCCCACACCCAACCCAACCCCAGCAGCCCAACCCCCACAGCCGGUCCCUUCACUGAUCUCUAACGGAAACCCCCAGAACCCUUCGACGGGGCUAAGUUCCCCUCGUCCAAAUGUGAAGGCCCGUCUGCUGAACACUAAACCUCUGGCACAGACUUCAGGCUGGUCUGGGCCACAGAAGCAACAAAGCGCUGGUCCUGAUGCCAGCCAGCAGGGCCAAUGGCAACCGCAGCAGAAGAGGAUCAUGACCCCACAAAACACUCAAAGACAAGGUGCUGCUCAGACCAGCCCAUUAGAAGGGCCAUUGGGUCAGCCUCAACCUGGAGGAAAGAGAACAGUGAUGCAAAGAGCGAGCAGCAUAGAAUCUCCUCAGGUUCCUCAGAAAGUGCGAGUAGUUAAGCUUCUGGGAGAGCAGGCAGAUGCCGGUCCCAACACUUCCCCGCAGCAGCAGCAACAACAACCAAUUGGUCGGCCUGCCCCCCAACAGAGACUUGGUCCCAUCAGGAAAGUUACCAUGGCAACUGGUGGUGUACAAAAUCAACAACAGGCUGGCCGUGGCAUGGCAAACCAAACGAACCGGGUGGUAGUUCGGGGUCGGGCGCGAGGCCGUGGUGGGGGGCGUGUAAUGACGCAGCAGAACCCAAGAGCUCAGGAUUGUCAGAGAAGCACUGUCUGCAUUGAAGGUUUAUCCACCACCACAACCAACAAACAGCUCAUGAACCUUCUCAACUCCAUUGGCCCUGUUGAGAUGUUUACUAUGUUGCCGGAGCAGCGGAAGGCCAUUGCCAAGUUUGUGAAUCCUCAGCAUGCAGCAAGUUUUCAGCACAGCUUUCACAGGCACAUGAUAGAUUUGUCUCACAUCGAUGUUUCCAUUAUUGAUGGCUGAGGAGCAAGCCAGUUCAACAGACAAGACGACGAGAAGAGAGCAAGAAGAGAACGUCUUUUUCUGAAAGACAGACGCACAAUCGGGAGGCUAAAGCUUUGGAAGCUGUGUGGAGAGGGCUGUCGACAAACUCAAGCCACAUGCAUGAAAGAAUCAAAAACAAAGAGCCACACACUAGCUGUGUCCUGCUGGAUAUGGCACAGCACUGAACUCACAUUGUCAAUGACUUUGGCAUGAAGUCUUGCUCUUGUUUCUGUACUUUCAUUUAUAUAUGGUCUGAACCAGCAGGUGAAAAAAGAGACAAAGGUAUGAAACCAGGACAUUUUUAUGCCAGUUGAUAAUAGUUGCUCCCGUCCUCUAGCUCUCAAGAUAAUCUUUUGAAUAUCUGUUUUUGGUCAAAUAGGAAUUCUUGAUUUAUUGUGGAAUUUCCACAGUCAGUGUUAAACGGGUGGUUUGGCCUGAUUGAAUAAUGUUGCGUAUGCUGCAGUUGGUUUUGUCACCUGUAGAGGGCAGCAUAUGUCUUCGGUAUGGAGCUCUGUAUGUUGGGGCAUAGCUAAGGACAUGUGGACAUAAGAGCGCAAAGCACUGCUUGCUAGAGAUGUGCCGUUAUGAAACUUCAGGGGCAUAUUUGGGUUGAGCUUUUCUAGUUGGGUUGAAUUUUUCUAGUUGCGUAUCUUUUGGAAGCCACUGUGAUAUUGCAGGUGUCUUUUUUUGUGCAUUUGUCUACGACUAGUCAUGAUCUUAAGUUUAUUCAUUGUCCCUUUCUCCAUUAUGAUUGUGUUCCAGUUAGGUUUUGUUCUGUGGAGCUGGAGUGGUGGUUCACAACGCAUGUCUUUUGUGACCUAUUAAAGACAGCUGAAAAAAACGAUUUGACAAUAAAUGGCUUUUAUAUUUUGAUUUUAGUUUCGGUGCUGGAAUUGUAUAUUUACAUUAUUUUAAUCGUUGGUAGAAAUGGCUUCUAAGAAAGUAUUAAAGGCAACCAGAAAGUCCCCUCCUUUGGUAAUACUCCUUUUUAAUGUGUUUAGUUUUCUUUCCUCAGAGUUCAGCACAUGUUGUGUGUGGAAGAGGACGACUGAAUCAUGGCCCUUGUGAUGAUUCGAUAGGAUUUUAUUGUAGGUUUUGAUGGAGCUCUGUUUGCUUACAAGAUGCGGGAUGUCUAGAGCACUAGAUGAGUUUGAACUGUCCUGUUUUCAACAACAGCUUGGUUGGAUUUGUUUGUGAAGAGAGAUAUUUUGGACUGUUUGUAAUAAUAUGCUUAUAACUUUGGCUCAGUUAAUUGUUUUGAAGUUUGUCAGAUGGGAAUACAGGUUACUGAAUCUGAAUUGUGAGUUGUUAGAGAUAAGGAUUGGUCAAGAUCAGCUCCCAAGUAUCCUUAUAAAAUCCGUUACCUCCAUUUUCCACUUUAUUUUUCCAUUUAUUUAGUAAGUUGUUACCCAAGAUUUAGAUUUUUUUUUUUUUAAACAAAUCCCAUAUUUUCAGUCUCCAGUGAAUAUAUUACACUCCCUCAAAAUGAUUUCAUGGCUUCAAUCAUGAGUAUUUCGCACCUCAAAUUGUUGUUAUAUCUUCAUUUUUAGUAAUAAUAAUAAUAGUUUGCAGUACUGUGCAAGCAUAGUGCUUGGUCAUGUCUAAUUGUACAGCUUAACCUAAACUUUCACGUUAUGGCCCCAGAACUGAUAUUAGAUCUAGUGCAGUUUUCAUGUUUGUGACUGUUAAUUUAAUCCAACCACUUUACAUUAUACGCUACAUGCGUAGCAAAAAACAAAGUCUUGUUAUAGUAUCUAAAAUAUAUCCAUUUUAGAUAAUAUAACAGUAUAACAAAAUCUAAUUAUGUUUGAGCCAUUUCAAUAAAAUAAAAUGUGUCUGUAGAUAUUAGCACAUCCAGGUCUGCAAUUUCAAAGGAUUUGGGAGCAACUGUUAUCAGUGGUCACUUUCUUGUAUAUAAUGAAAAGGAAAAAAAAAAAUGUGUAUGAAGCUGUCAAGUCUGUUGUUUUCUCAUCUUGAAAUCUUUCCAUGUUUGAAAUGGUUUGAAGAUACCUACUAGUACGUGACUGGUGAAUUUCUUUUCUCAAUUUGUUUUUAUAUAUCGAUAUAAAAAGUAUUCCUUGGUCAUUUUACAACGGUUUUGUUAUUGGAGAACUUAGAGCUUAUUAUUUGAGGAUAUUUUAAAGAUGAAAAAUAAAAGAUGGUCACAUAUAUACCAUGUAAAUACGGUUAUGUGAAGCCAACUGUCUUGAUCACCAUUAACUGUUGUCCGAUGUUGUUUUGUGUUUGAAGAUUCCCUCUUGCAUAUUAUUCUGAACACAACAUACUCAUUUCCCCGAUUUCCUCCAUCCUCCUGAAUGUUUCUGUUGCCAACCGUACAAACUGAUUUAAGGGGAAAAGAUUUUGUUUCCAAUUAAGGUGCCACAAUUUCUCUCAAGUCAGGUGAAUUAAAACAUCUGAGGUGUUUUGUGUGUUAUGGUUCUGUGUCCAAGACUUUGGGCCAUUAUUAUGUCUAUGAAGUUAAUUUGUAAAGCUGCUACCCUUCAGCACCCUCUUGUUUUAAGAUGCACUUGUAAUUUGCUGAUAUGCCAUCUUCUAUUAUAAUAUAGUAGUUGGGUGUGGUUAAUCACAGUACCUUAUUUAUCCAUAUUGUUUGUAUUAAUAAUUUGCUCCAUGAGUUUCUAGGAAUCACAUAAAUACAUAUAAUGGGUAAGAUUAUGAAUAAUGUUAUAAACUACACAUGGAUCCACUUAAAAAGCUUUUUUUAUUUUGUUUUUGUUAACUUUGAGUUUUCCUGACAUGUUCUGUUUAAAAUUGGUAUAGGGCACAGAUUUGGUUUUUGUUUUUGUUUUUCAGUUGCAGUUGCACACGUUUAUUUAUUUAUUGGUUUGAAUGUAUUUAUGUAAAAAGAGUUAAUCCUAUGGAUUUAAAAUGUUUUAUCUAGUCUGAGAGAUAAAAAAAACCAAAAAACAUUCUAGGUAUAAAUCUUAUAAGACACAUAAUAUUUAUAAACAGCCUUAUAAGAGAGAAAAACUGAUUCAUAUUGAAUCUUUUAGUAACUUCUUUGUAAGUGUAGAAUAACUUUGGGGAAACUGUCCGUUUCUGAUCUGUAAUCACACAUGUGACAAAUUUAAGUUUUCAGAGAUUGUCUCUUUUUGGCAGAUAUUUUUCACAAGCUGUAUAGUCCAAAAUAAUGCAAGAGGUAUUAUGUGAUAGAAUCAAGAGUAGGCUAAAGGUUUACUUUUUUUGUUGGAUCUUGUUUUGUUUCUUUAUUUCUGUCAAUCGCAAGUGGCUGGUACACUCCCAGUGUUUUUAAUUUUUUUUUUUUACCGCGGAUCCUGCUGCAGUAGAGCAAUUGGCCAGUUUAUAAAAACACCAGUAUUGCCUAUUGCUUCGGAACUAGAUCAAUUAGUUUACAUUUAUUUCUUAUAAUGAUAUAUGUGACAUUUUUCCCCCAUAAUUAACAGGGGAAAAAUGUUGAGACUUAAAUUCUGAUGCUUGUUUUGUAUAAUCAUUUUGCCUGUUUUUACUCACUGUUUUAAGCGUCAAACACAAUGUGCUGCUUCCCGUUGGCAGCAGUAUGAUUACUUGUAACUUGUAAUUAAACCAUUUUUUCUCUCUUUCAGGACAGAGCUUCCAGGGGCACAGAAAGGAGGGUUUUUCAUAAAACAAAUGCUCUGCACCUUUUUCCAUUCUAAGAUGGCAUUGGUUUUCAAAAGGACUAUUUAGAAAUAUACAGAACUUUUUUUUUUUUUUGAAGUUAUACUGGAUGAAGUUCUGUGCAGCUGUUUUAUACAUUAGUGUUGGAGUCAUUCUGUGGUGUGAUAGAGGGUUGAGAGAUUCUUUACUAAGUGAUCAUAGCAUAUGUAUGUUAACGUGCCCCUAUUAUGGGUUAUGAAAGGUUCAUAUUUUGGUUUAGAGAGUCCCCAACAACAGGUUGACAUGCAUGCAAGGUCAUAAAACACUUUCAUUGUCUUAUAAUAUGCAUUUAUUUUUACCUUAAUUGCUCAACGAAUCCCAUACGAUUCGCGCAACGGUUCAUUUUUCCAAACCCAUCCUUUGCAUGAUGCUAUUCUGCUGCGAUUGGUCUGAUUUGGUCUCAUUUUCAUUUCAUCUCGCCUGUAAUGCCUGAUAAAGCAGCGUUUGUGAGCGCAGUGCUGCUUUGUGUACAGCGUUACCGGGGAAACCGCUAUUUUUACCUCUUUAAAAGCAGCACCUAGUGGCAAAGAAUGAAUUUUCAUUCAGACCAACCUGAAAAGACCAAGUGGGCGGGCAAUAUGCUAAUGUUUCAUGUUGACCUCAACAUGAAACAACUUGGGAUUCGUUUUAAAAACGACUCGUUUCAAUGAUUCAGAGUCGACUCUUUCUUUUGAAAGACAAUAACUUUAUACACGGUGCACUUUCAGAUUUAAAACUUUGCAGGAUGUUUUCUUUCACUUAGAGCUGUGUUACACACUUCAUGAAAGGUAAUUUUCAAGAAUCCAUAAUAGGGGCACUUUAAAACAGCUAUGACCUGGUGAGAUUGUGUUUUGAGAAUAGUCAUACAUACUCACAUUAGCAAACAACCAUUAAUAACUAGGACAGGAUUGUGCUAUAAACUAUAUAUUGUUAAGUCUACAGAAUGGCAGAUUGAUUUUGAAGAUUGAUUCAGUCUUGCUCAGCGCUCUGUUGAUCUGGUGUAGAAUUCAUUUUAACUUGGUUAAACUAUCAGGUUUAUGGCUUCUAAGCAAACCGUAGCUGCUUAGUUUUUGUGACUUAUGUUAGAUUUGUGCCCUGUGUAUUAGCUUAGUGUAAUGAUUGACAUACCUCAUACAUUCCCAGACCUGCAUCCAGCUGCAGUUCUCCCCAGUUCCGCCCAGUACUGUCCUUUGCACAGCCAACUGUACUGUGUUGAGCUUCUCAGAAACACGUUCUGUAUAGCUUUAACUCAUGAAGUAGUAUGACUUUGAUCAUUAUUAUAAUGUAAAUGUUUUCAUUGAUUGUUCGAGUGUCACUCCACACAUCAUGACAGAAACGGUGCUUUUGAAAACCACUGCAUAUAAGCAAAUCGGACAAAAACUGAAAUAUUGAACUGAUGUGAAAAACCCUCCUUUUGGUUUCAGUUCCAAAUAAUGUUGUGUCUGUCUACAGUAGAGCUGCCUCCAGAUGAUGCUAACUUGUCUUAAUUUCUCAACAGGUGCUCUUCCGUUUAAGUCCUGCCAGAUAUCCCUUCUUUCGUGUUUUUUCUCUCUCUUUCUCGCUGUCUCUUUUUCUUUUCAUUGAUUUUCAUUCUCCCUCUCUUUCUCUCUUUCACUCACUCUUUUGGAGGCUGGAUGGGAAAGCGGUUGUUGAUCUCAAUGUGGUGUUUGUGUGAACAUAAUCCUUCUGUAUUAAAGCAGGGGGACCUUGCUUCUGGAUUUCCUUUCUGUAUUAGCCCACGUCCGUGGAAGUUUUGCGUCUCUGGGACCACACCCUACUGAGUUCCAAAGUUCAAAAACUUGCACAAAGCCCAAGAAUGAUCUGUACACUCUUGCCAGCUAUACACACAUGUUGUGUUGUUGGACGAAAAGAAAACAUUACUUGGAAAUCAUUAUUGUUUGGGGGAAGUGAUUUAUGCUGUUUUGAUCACCGUUUUGUUGUCCCUCGAUCUUGUAUUAAUGAAACUGUUUUGAUGUGUCUGAAAUGUGUUCACCAGACUGUCCUACAUGUUGAAUUAGGAAGAAUACAAAUGGUGUUUGUUUAGUAAGCUUUCACGGAGCUUGUCAAAUGAAAACCGAUAAUAUGCCUUGACUGUACUUGUUAUGAACAGUUACUUGAAAUAAAUCCUUUUCCUGGAUUUUA